AGAGAAAAGGUGAGGGCGAUGAAGCUGGAGGAAGAUAGGAGAAGUAGAGAUGGAUAAGAGAGCUGGAGAGAAGAAGAGAGAAGGAGAGGGUGGAAUUGCAGCAUUGUCAAGCACGAGCCAGUCAGCUACAGCAGAGGCUGGUUGAAUUUGAUUGGAGGGACAGCGAAAAGUUGGCUGUUCAAGAGCAAGCCAUUGCAGCCGAGCAGCGAGGUCCGUCAUGGGAAGUGAAGGAAGACGAGUUGGAAGAAACAUAAGAAACUCUCGGAAUUGGAGGGUGGGCUGUGGUGAAAGUAGCCAAACUCAAAGUGGCUGCAAAAUGUCUGCACAGCCAGUUGAUUUAUGACUACCACCACCGUCUGUUCAGACGAGAAAUGGACGUGGCAGCCAGAGUCAGCCACCCCAACUUGCUGCGUUUCCUCGGAGCCAGACUGGAGGGAGGUAUGGCCAUUCUGACAGAGUUCAUGCCGACUAGUCUCAGAGCUCUGGUCAACAGACGUCCACGACAACUUCUCUCCCUGGAACACAUACUCUCAAUUGACGUGUCCCGUGCCCUCAACUACCUCCACAACAUGAGCCCCGACCCCAUCAUCCACAGGGACCUCAGCAGUGCCAACGUUCUCCUCCAGCCAUCUCCCGACGGAGGCUGGCUCGCCAAGGUCUCUGACUACGGCACCGCCAACUUCCAGAGUCAACUUCAGACUGUGAAUCCCGGCAGUCCAGUGUACACUGCCCCCGAGUCCCGCGAUCCUGCUCUCCAGACACCCAAGAUGGACAUCUACAGUUUCGGUGUGCUCCUGGUGGAGAUGUGUACGUGUGAUUUCCCUGCUCCUGAGCGUCGUGCUGAGCUGAUGGAGUCCAUCGACUAUACCAGACUCUUGAACCUAAUAAGACAGUGUCAGAACGUAGACAAAGACAGACGUCCGACAGCUGCUCAACUGGUGGAACUUCUGCAGGCUAUGCCACUCGUUACACGCACCCACAUGUGACAGUAUGUGUGUUCUUUGCUAUAAUUACAUUAUGCAUUCCAGCUGAGUCACUGCUCUCUGUCAUGGAACUCUACUUUAAAACACUGCCUGUAAAAUUUUUGAC